GUGGCAGCGGCGAGAGGUGAGUGAGGCUCCUACCCUCCCAGCCCUCAGUGAUGAUGUGGCGCUUCCUUCUCUUAUAUUCCCUCUGUAUCGUGUUCCAGCCCACAAAUGGCUACGUCGAGGACUACUACUGCGGCGAAAAUAACUGUUAUGAUCUCCUUGAGAUAACCCGCGAUGCGACGAAACAAGAAGUUAAGCGAGCCUUCCGGGCGGUUGCCUCUAAAACCCACCCUGACAAGUUCCAAGAUCCCGAGGAAAAGAAAAUUGCAGAAGAGCGAUUCCGGAUAUUGUCUACAGCGUAUGACAUUCUACGAGACGAUGAAGCCCGAGAAGAUUACGAUUAUAUGUUGGACCAUCCAGAACAGUUCUACCAGAAUGUAUACCGAGCGUGGCGCAGACGCAUGGCCCCCCACGUUGACGUCAGAAUCGUUUUGGCGGCGACCAUAUCCCUUAUAUCAUUAGUACAGUAUUAUAAUGGUUGGAUGAAAUAUCAAGAAGCCAUCAAGUAUUUUGCUGUAGUACCAAAAUACCGUCUACAGGCGGUAGAGUUAGCCAAGCAGGAGGGUUUGCUUAUAACUGACAAGAAGAAGUUAAAAGGAAUGUCGAAAGAGCAAAUUAAAGAACGGGAGGAAAAAAUAAUUCGUCAGGUCAUCGAGCGAAAGAUGGAUAUUCGUGGGGUGUACGCUAAGCCCACUUACAAGGAUAUUCUGUGGAUACAACUCGUGUUCCUCCCGUACUGGAUCGUGAAGUACAUAUCCUGGUACUUACGCUGGGUGUGGAAGUUCUGGAUCCUGAAGGAGGAGUACGGUGAGGAGGAGAAGAUGUAUAUAAUUCGCAAGUUCAUGGGCCUCAGUCAUGGACAAUUUGAAAACUUAGAAGAAAAUAUAAAAGCAGAUUACUUGAAACGAGAAUUAUGGAAUAAAGAUAAAUAUAAUGAAUGGAAGGCUGAUCGUGAUGCAGAGAUGAAGGUGAAGAUGGCCCAGUCUGGUCGGUACAAGUCAUAUCGUCGUUACAUGAAGGCUAACGGACCCGGUCGUAUGUACUUCGACGACUCCUAAGUUCAAUAAGGUGCAAUAUUCUAUUAUAUGAAUAUGGAUAGCUUUACUAAGUAAUGAUAAAAGCAUACAUGAGCCUUGCAGUAGGCUUUUAUGAUGCACUUAAACUGUGUUGUGUAUGGUAGUUCAUGCUGUAGAUUUAUUAUACUGUAUAUCAGUACAGUAUAUAAAGAUAUUGAUCAUACAGGAUAUAUUCUUAGUGAUAAGACAGGUGUAUAUUUGAACCCAAUAUAAAGCUGUGUUGUGGAAUGAUUAGAGCUUUUCCAGCAUAGUAAGUUGCAUAAACAUGAAGAAAUUUGAGCUUACAGUAUUUUCAUAACCUAAUACCUGGCUGGGGCAAUUCACAUGUUACAGUACAGUACAAGCCAAAGUCUGUGGGUAAAAAAUUAAGUUCUCUCAACAAUGGUGGCUGUAACUAACAAGGUUAGUUUCUGUGGUCAGGGAAUUGGAAAUGUUUUCACCAUUCUGUCCAAGCAUUACAUAUCUCUUAAUAAGCAACCAGAGCUCAUCUUAUGUGUUUGUUUAAGUCGUUAAACUCACUCAACUGGGCUGCUUUCCUUGAACACCUAAUCCAGGGGGCAUUGUCUCUAGCGACUUUCCUGUAGAGACCCAGAUAUUGGCUGUCCCACGUUAUUCAGUGCCCAAGCUUUUACCUGGUGGCUCACUUAUGCCUUCCUCUCAUUGUCUGACACGGAGAUGGACUGGAAGUGAGGGUUGAUCUUAUGAAAUGACAGUUUGUGACUUACACAAAUGAGUGACAAAGCAUAUUGCUAGUGUAAUGAGAGGACUCAAUCUUUUUACCUUAAACAGCAGCUGAUGCCUCUAAGACCACUAUCUUAAGAGCUAUGUUAACAACAGAAAGGUUUCAACAAUGGUAAUAUUUCAGUUAGUUUUAGCCAACAUUGUUGAAAAACCUUGAUUUUGAACCUAUAAACAUUGGCUAAUGAUACAUGAAUUGCCCAGUCCAGAUACAUCUGUAAACUGGGAUUUGAGAAUCAAUACCUCAUUUUAUAACCUAAUGCCUUUCAAAAACAAGUCAUGAAUAUACCCACUAAGCUUCCAAGCUUUGGAAUCCAGGGAAGCCAUAAUAUAAGUGGCUGUUGCUAAUUGGGCAAUCAGCCCGGCUCCCCUGAGUAGUCUUUGCCCAUACAAAGGGGUCUGAGUAAAUAAAUAUUUCUGUUGGGGCUUGGAACUAACACUCUGUGAAAUAGUAGGUGCUGCCUUUUCUUUUUGUCGGACUUGAUCAUACAGCGAGAGACAGAACCAGCAUCACAAUCGUCCUACUCUUGGCUGCCAUAUUUCAGAAGCUAAGUACUGUACCAAAUCUGUUUCCUUUCACAAGGGUUACUGGUUUGUGCAAGGGGGCAUCCCAGGUCAACCAAACUGUGAAUAAGUACAAUCAGCCUCAGAAGGGAUGUCAUGGUUUCAGUAUGAUUCAUUCAAAUAGCAGUAUCUGGCAACUUUGUGGAGCUGAGCGAGUGACUUAGACAACACAGUGAAGGUUAGGUAACUAUUUUACAGUUUGUUACUCACGGAAAGUUGUCCCCUCCAAGGUGCCCAUCAUAAAGUACUUUCCACCUCCCCGCUCUCUGUAGCUGGUUUCUGCACUUACAGGCCACUUUUGACAGUCAUUAGAAUAUGUAUGAGGUAUUGAUUAUAAUUCCCAUAUUAUAAUCAAGUCUGGGAAGAACGAUGUAGUUCCCCGCCUCUUCCCUUUGGUGUUCAGUAUUGGUAAGAAGGUUGAAGUUGGUUCUGCCUCCAGCCUUAUGAUUGAGCCUGCCGAGGAUAGAACAAGCAUCUCGUGCACUGUGCAGCUGUGAUUGACAGUAUCAACCUCUGACACUUUCUAAACUAAAGGCUAGGGCUGUAGUGGGCUUUCCUGGAUUCCAAAGCCUGAAAAUUUUUUUGGCAUAUUCACAAAAUUUUCUCUCCAUCUUCAGUUAUAAAAUAGGUUUGCAGAAUCAAUUACUAAUUUUGUUUAACAGUCAUAAGUUGUCUCAAGAGGCAAGCAUCGACCCAUGGUUAUUUUGCACAAGACCGUGCCUCGGGCCAGAGUCACCGGUUAUGUGUGUUGAUCAUUGUCAAGUGUCAUAUAUACAUCUCUGGUUAUGAAUUUUCCAUCAGUUCAUAUACUGUAUGUCAUUUCAUUAUGUCUAAUAUUUAAUAGUUUAAUGUAGAUCACCAGCAUUGUUUGUACAUUAUAAAGGAAGAAGUUAAACUGCCACCAAUAGUCAUCCUCAAGUGCUUCAUGGUACUGUACACAAUUUUAGUAGUGAUCAUCAAGAACGCUGCAAUAUUUACAAAUUUACUUAUAUACAAAUGAAAAUAUCAACCUCUUUUAUUUAGUAGUACUGCUUUAAAAGCAGUCAUGGAGGAGAUAGAAGGUGUGAAUAUAAUGAAGGUUUUGAGAAGUUCCACUUACACUCUCAUAACACUGGAAAAAUUUAGUUUGAUGUGAAGAUUUAUUGUUAGAUUUUGUUCCUCUUGGCAGUGGAAGGCUUUCUACUUUUUUUGAAAUUUUUGUUAUGCACAAAAUUGCAUAUUCAAGAUUUUUCCGUUUUUUUAUGUUUGUAUUUCUGAGUGUGUGUGUUUGUGUACAAUAACACAAGAAAAUGCCUUCUAUUGAAAUUUAGUUCUCAAAAUUUAUUGGAACAUCUCAAUCCACGUUAAUAUUAAAGAACAUUAAAGAUGGAAACUGUCUUGAUUAUUGGCUCACCAAAAUAGUUACCCAUUACUGUAUUUUGAAAAUUAGCAUGUUGAUGAUUAUGGACCAGAAAAAAACCCUUUCUGGAGGUAAGAGUGAGAACUGGGGAUUACCGAGUUGUAAAGUGGAUAUUUGCUCAAUCCACCUUAAGCCUUCAGUUACUGUUUUAUAAUUCUACUUAAAAUGUUCUUGAUACCGGUAUGUUUAGAAUUAUACCACAUAAUUUACAAAGAUAUACAGGAUGGUGCAUGAUCUGUUUUACCGAGGAAAUGUGUCUCGGUACAGCGACUCGUGUGCCCCCCUGCACAGUGUAUGCAGAUUUUAUUUCUAUCGGCAAAUUUGUGGGGGAGUUGUGUGUGCUAAAAACUGUGGAAGGUUAUUUUUGUACUUGUAAUAGUGAUGUUUAUGUUUGUUUAUUACAGGCAUUUAAAAUCCAUAUCCUGGGAAAGGGUGAAUAAUGUGCGUAUCUUGGUAUUCUUCCCCAUAUACUCUAUACAUCCUCAGGUGGAGAGUUAUUCAUUUUCAACUGUUUUUGCAAUUAUUGUUUCAUUGGGGAAUAAGGGGAAACCUUUGUAGGGGCAGAUCCUGGGAUAUUCUAAGUGGGUUAUCAAACGUUCAUUGACAAAUAUAUUGAUGAGGAUAUGCAGUAAGCUUUUAGAGGCAGUUGUUAGCUGUCUGGUCCUUUAUAGGAGUGUCAAGUAAAGGUAGGAAGGGGGUUUUAUUUAUCAUAUUACUGUACAGUGUUCCCUCUUUGUGCCAAGUUUGGUGGGUCUGAAUUUAUGAUAUUCAGAAAGAUUUGUUGACUUGUGUAGGACAGAAGGAGAAUUUGGAUUUUUCUUGGUUCUUUUAUUUUUUUUAUUAAAACUACUCUGUACAAACUUUUUUUUUUUUUUUU